UUUUUUCACUCAGAGCAAAAUGGCGAAUUCGGCAUCGGGGGUUGCUGUGGACGACGCAUGCAAACUGAAGUUUCUGGAGCUCAAGGCAAAACGUUGCUUCAGGUACAUUGUGUUCAAACUCGACGACGGACUCCAGCAAGUGGUGGUGGAGAAGACCGGGGGCCAGGACGAGACUCACAUCGACCUCAACAACAGCUUGCCUGCUGAUGAUUGCCGGUAUGCUGUCUACGACUACGACUUCACAACUGAUGAGAACUGCCACAAGAGCAAGAUUUUCUUCAUUGCUUGGUCGCCCGAGGCUUCAAAGGUGAGGACCAAGAUGCUUUACGCGAGCUCGAAAGACCGUUUCAAGAGAGAGCUGGAUGGCAUUCAGGUUGAGUUGCAAGCAACUGAUGCAAGUGAGAUGAGCAUGGACAUCUUCAAGGAAAGAGCUUAUUAGUUCAAGUUUCUAUUUUAAUUACUUAUU